CUCCGCACGUCUUUAUCUCGGACUAUGGGCCACGGCAUGGCAAUGCGGUAUUUGUCAAUGCGGACAGCCCCAUGGCUCCAGAGAUGGUUGGUCGUGGAAUUACGAAGGAUGGCCGAUGUUCCCACACGGUCUAUCCAUUUUGUAUAGUUGUUAACGCCUACUGGCCUAGUAGAACUGACCUUGAGGGUGCGUUAGAGUUUGGUAAGCAUUUCAGUGGUUAUCUUCACGAGCUCAAGAAGCUCUAUAGUGGACGUCCAAUAAUAAUGAUUGCCGACCUUAAUGUAGCUUUGAACGACUC